AUGAAGGAAUGGUUAAAGAAGAGGGUAGAAUUUGGUCAUGACCGUUUAGUAUCAGAACAUAAACUAAGUUCAAUAGUUGACUACAAAAACUAUCUUCGAAUGGAUGCUGAUACGUUUGGAGAAUUACUAGAAAUGGUUACACCUUUAAUAGAAAAAAACACUACAAUCAUGAGGACACCAAUAUCGGCCGAACAAAGAUUGUUGGCCACUUUAAGAUAUCUUGUAAGCGGUGAUUCAUUCGAAGAGCUAAAAUUCCAAACUGCCAUAGCAGCCCAAACACUUGGGAGAAUAAUUGUUGAGACUUGUCAGUGUUUGGUCCACGUUUUGAAAGGAUGUAUAAAAGUAAGUAACAAAAUUAAUAUUUUAUUAUUAUUUAUAAUUAUUACUAUAAUUAUAAUUAUUUAUUAUUUUAUCAUAGGAUAUAAAAAUUAA